CAACUUCUCCAAUGACUGGCCCAAUGCACAGACUCUCCCUCUGUGGAGUGGACAUACUACCUCCCACAUAUAACCCUCAAAACGCCCGCUGAAAGCAUACGGACAGGCCUUCACCCCCGGUACAUGGUCUGCAACACCCCGCAAGAUCACCCACUGCUCCACCAUGGCCUCUUCCGCCAUCCCCGCAGCAGACCUCAGGUCGUUCACCGAAUACCUGAAGGGCUGUAAGCGGAUCAUCGCCCUUUUAGGAGCCGGUAUCUCCGCCUCGUCUGGCCUCCCGACGUUCCGAGGAGCCGGGGGUCUCUGGCGAUCCUACGAAGCCACCGAUCUCGCGACACCCGAAGCCUUCGACGCCAACCCAGACCUGGUAUGGCAGUUCUACAGCUAUCGAAGGCAUAUGGCCCUCAAGGCACAGCCGAAUCGCGCACACUAUGCCCUAGCUGAGCUAGCUAGAAGGAACACGGACUUCAUCACAUUGACUCAGAACGUAGAUGGCCUUUCACCCCGAGCAAACCACCCCUCAAAGCAACUUCAUCACCUCCACGGCUCCCUCUUCACAGUAAAAUGCACCUCCUUCUACUGCAACUACUCGCGCGACAACGACUUCGCCGACCCCAUUGUCCCCGCUCUCGCCAUCCCCAACAACACCCCAGAGCUAAACCCAUCCGCAGACGACAAAACCGGCGAAGAAGCCUCUCGAUCCCUCUCCAACGCGCUGAAGCGCGGCGAGAACGCCGAAGCAGAUAUCUCCGAUGAAAGCGUUCCGCUCCCCGCGCUAAGCACGGACGUGCUUCCCCAUUGCCCGAAAUGUAAAGAGGGGCUCUUGCGCCCCGGGGUCGUCUGGUUCGGGGAGACCUUGCCGUCGAAUACGCUCAACCAGGUGGAUAAAUGGAUGAAUACCGCGUUUGUGGACCUGAUCUUGGUUAUUGGGACGAGUUCGAGGGUGUACCCGGCCGCCGGGUAUGUGGAUAAGGCGCGCGCGAGAGGUGCUCGCGUUGCGGUGGUUAAUAUGGAUCGGAAUGAUGUGGGUUCGUCGGGGUUGCAGCCGGGGGAUUGGUUCUUUCAGGGGAUGCGGGGACGGUUGUUCCUGAGCUGUUGAAGGGGGUUAUUGGGGAGGUUUGACG